UAGGUCGACCUCGACAACAAGAAAAUGAUGAACUUAAGAAAUUAAACCAAAACCACUAACACGUUAAAAAACGAAAUAGGAUUUUUUUUUGUGCCUUGUCAGAUACAAUUCUUUAUCAUCCAUUAAAGGAUCUUUCAAUUCCCAGGCUCUCAGACGAUAAAUUAGAUCCUGCGCGGUAGUGAGAAAUCCAAGUCAAUGUUCAAGAUGUCACUGCUUCGAGUGUUCAUAUUUCUGUUGGUGUGUGUCGUUGUCAGUAGUGGCCUCUUGUCGAAUCAUCACCAUAAAACGCACCAUGCAACUGUGCACACAACCGUCAAACAACCAAUAACUCCAAAAAACACACGGUCGACAACUCCUGCACCAACACGAUCGACAACUCCGCAAGCAAAGCAUGCCUGUAUUUGCAAUACAAACCACCCUCAGUUAGACAUUUUCCAAUGCCCUAACCGUACCAGCCAGAUUAUUGGGUUUCUGUACCUACAAGACACCUCCUAUUCAAUGGAUUUAAGUUCCACUCAUUGCAAAGAGAUAGCCUCGUUUGUUUUGUCGCCAGAUGGCUGGUUUCCGGUCCUUCACUUCGGGCAGGUCGGUUACAUAAGACAAGACACUGGGACUAGCGUACAAAAGUGCCCCGGAGCAACGACUUCUUCUAAAGGUUUUACGGCGAAACCAUGCCAGUCGUUCUUUUUUCUUUCGAGUAGCCCAGUACCUAGCAGUACUUCAGCUCAUCAUGCACCAUCUACUACUCCAAAAUUACUGACUACGACGACAACGACUAAAAGACACACUAGUGUUUCUACCACUAUGAAAACACCAGCCAUGUCAACUACCACAACUAAACGACCACCAACAAGUACUACUGCUAAACAACAUACUACCAGCACCAAAGGAUCAACUUCAUCAACAGUUGACCACGUUUGCAAUAGCCUUGAAACUGUACUUGAACUUGGCAAACACGAACCAGUUUAUCAUGGGCAUGCACGACAGUGCCCAUCGGGUGACUCCAGGAACGAGGCUGUUGUGAUGAAAUUCUGCUUUGCCCCAGAGCCUUCAUCGUGGAUCCAAGGAAGACGGGUACUUGAUCACUGUUCCGACAUACCACCCUACACACCUAUAAAUAUGUAUGGAUUUGGCACCAACAUGUUAAUAUCUGGGAUAUUUAUUAAAUGUACCAAUGCCACAGAGUUUUCGAUUAUUCAUCAACAGGAUUGCUCCGGUGGACUCCACCUGGAAUCCAUUAACGUGUUGGCGGGCUCUGGGAUGUUUUAUGUCAUCCAUUGGUGAAAAAAGUUGAAAACCAGUGAAAAUUUUAAAUAAAAUUUCUGGCAGCCGUUUUCUUUAUCAUAAUAAAUUUUGAAAAAUAAAAA